AUGGAAACGCUGGCAAUAACGGUAGAGUCCGAUGAAGGAGAAACAGAUUUGAUCCUGGUGUAUAGAAAUCCAUCCAAAAACACAACAACAGACCAAUGGCGUGGGCUGAUAGACAACCUGGAAGCAAAAGAAAGAACAAUCAUACUGGAUGACAUGAACGCCAAAAACACGGAAUGGAACUGUGUGGAAAACGACACUCAGGGUGUAAGAUUGGCAAACGUCAUGGAAGAAGGAGACGUGUUUAUAGCAAACAGGGACACACUGUCACGCCCAGCCUCGGGGUCGCAUAGAGCGUCUAAUAUUGACCUAGUACUGCUGAAAUAUGAAAUGCUCCAAACACUGAGUGUGGAGAACUCGGGAAUAACCCUGGGAUCUGAUCACCAAAUAGUCAAUAUAGUAAUGGACAUAACAAUACCACCGGCGAAUGUGGGAAAUAGAUUUUCCACAAGGAAGUAUGGCUUUAAAAAGAUAAACUGGAAGGUAUUUCAUACAAAAAUGGAAGAAACAGCAGAAAACAUAGCUAAGGAAGCGUCUGAUACAGCAACGGAAGCAGACGAAAAAUUACUAAUAAGGGAAGCGAUAUACAAAGGAUUAGAGGAAUCGGGCGCCACCAAAAAGAAGCAACCGCCAAAUCGACAAGGGAGGACAGGUGAAAACAGAGAAAAAAAACAGAACAAGCAAAGAUGGUGGGAUGACGAUUGUAACAAAGCAAGAGAAGAGAAGAGAAGAGCAUUAAUGGCCUUCAAUCGACAUCCAAACGAAGAGACGUGGAAAACGUACAAAAUAAACGAUAAGAAAAUCAAAGCAACAAUAAAAAAGAAAAGAAAGCAAGCGUGGGAGAAAUUCGCUGAGAAUGUAAACCACAGCUCGGACUGCAAAUCGCUAUGGGAACAAAUAAAGGGCAUCCAAAAGGGAAGGAAGCCUACAUACAAGAAAUCUCAUGACGGAGGACGAAAGAAGAGAGGUGGAGGACAUAGAAAUAAAGAAAAUAUUUGA